GGCUAAACUGAAAGUAUGAGACAUAACUGUGGAUUCUCAGACGGUGCAGCAUGGCUCAGAUGCUCAGGCUGGUUCUUCUCGGGGGGAGCGCUGUGGGGAAGAGUUCCUCAGGGAACACUAUUCUGGGCCGGAGAGUCUUUGAGUCCAGACCUUCUCUGAGACCUGUGACCACUCUGGUCAGUGAGCACACUGAGCAGGUCCAUGGACUGCAGGUGUCUGUGCUGGACACACCUGGGAUCCUGAACCCCAACGCCCGACAGCUCAUCCAGCCUGUGUGUGAGGAGCACCUCCGCCGCCCCGGCUCUGUGUUCCUGGUGGUUCUGAAGGUGGGCAGGAUCUCCUCAGAGCAGAACCAGGCUCUGCAGAGGACGGUGGAGCUGCUGGGAGCCGAGGGUCUGAGACACAGUCUGCUGCUCUUCACCUACGGAGCAGAUUUAGAGGGGACGAGUCUGGAGGACUUCAUCUCUGAGGACAAUGAGAGUUCUCUGCCCGACAUCUUUAACAACAUGUUUGGACGGAGACAUCAUGUGUUUGACAACAAAGCCUGGGGCCCCGAGCAGGUCCAGACUCUCCUGCAGAAGAUCCAAACCCUUUCAAACAGGGAUGUUUCCUCCAGACAGGAGCUCCUGACCAAUCAGAGUGCUCCUUUGACACAUCCACCGACUUCAGAGACAGAACUCUGUCCUUUAAAGACUCUCUCUCACAGCGCCACCUUCUGCAUCAGGCUUGAGGAUGUUGAUCUUCACACAGACUUAAGGCUGGUGUUGCUGGGUCUGCCUGGAGCAGGGAAGAGCUCGUCUGGAAACACCAUCCUGGGGCAAAACAUGUUCAGGGCGAGUUGUGGGUUCAACACCGUGAGCACAGUUUCAGAGUGUAAGACUGUGACGGUGCAGGGGCGGAGGGUCACGGUGGUGGACACUCCAGGCUUCAGCGAUGAGGAGAAGAAACCAAAGAAACUGUUCAAAGAGAUCAUGGAGUCUGUGCUUCGUCUGACCGCUGGACCCCACGCCUUCAUCAUCGUGGUGCGUCUGGGCCGAGUGAACCUCAGAGACACCAAACUCCUGCAGCUCAUGCCCAAACUGUUUGAUGAAUGUGCCUCAAAGUUCACGAUGGUUUUGUUCACUCAUGGAGAUGACCUCAGAGGAGAGAACGUCCAAGAUCUGAUCAAUAACAAUGAAAAAAUGAAGACUAUGUUAGAAAAGUGUGACCAGCGCUACCACGUCUUCAACAACAAGAGCUUUGACCCUCAGCAGGUCCGACAUCUGUUCACCAUGAUUGACGACAUGGUCCAAGCGAGCGGAGAAGACCAAUGUAACUCUCAGAUCUUCAAACUGACAACAGCUGAAGAAAUAGAAAAGUUCUUUCAGGAGCUGUGGAGGAGGUGGGGUGCCCUUUUCUGUUGCAUCGCUCAAACAAACGAUGGUUCAGAUGAAGAACUGCAGCCAUUAACCGGAGAUUCAGACAAAAACACAGACGUCCAGUAACUCACAGAGUUUAUGUUCGUGUAAUGCUGCGUCGAGUCAGUGACAGAAUUAGAGUCAGUCAUGAUACUCGUUUGCUUUAUAUUUUGAUUAUUUGAAUCAUCAGGAACAGCUCUGUGUUUUCUGUCAGAUGAAGCUUUAGUUCUGUGUAGAAAAAUAGUUUCUGAAUAAAGUUUAAACAUUAAAGUUCAAGAAAAAACUGUAAAAUCCUGAAUCACUGUAAUCACCAAACACUGAAAUAAAACAGCCACAUCA